CCUCUGCCAUGAGAAAUUAGCAAGUAACAUGAAAAAUUGGUGGUUCAGAACUUCUCUCUCGGAUUAUGGCUACUCGUCUCUUCACAUUUCCUCUCACCUCGCAACCCAAGCUCUGCUUCAAUUACACGCCCAACCAUGCUGUCCAAUUCAUAUCUCCGACCAAACGACGUCGCAACCGCCACCGCCAUGAAAUUUUCCGUCCAUCAUUCGCUGUAUCCAGCUCCUUCCGGACCGAGAUUGGAUCACCGGAAUCAGUUCUUAUCGGAGGCCAGAGAGAGAAAAAAGACUCGCCGGUUCUGCUUGACGUCACCGGCAUGAUGUGCGGUGCGUGCGUCUCCCGAGUCAAAAACAUCCUGUCCGCUGACGAUCGAGUUGACUCGGUCGUUGUCAACAUGCUGACCGAGACCGCCGCCGUUAAUCUGCGCCGGAUCGAGGAGGAACCGGCGAGCGUCGCGGAGAGCCUCGCACGGAGACUGAGCGACUGCGGAUUUCCGACGAAGCGGAGAGCGUCGAGUUCUGGAGUGACGGAAAACGUGAGGAAGUGGAAGGAAUUGGUGAAGAAGAAGGAGGAAUUGGUCGCCAAGAGUCGAAGCCGCGUCGCGUUAGCUUGGACAUUGGUCGCAUUGUGCUGCGGGUCGCACGCUUCGCAUAUCUUUCACUCUUUGGGGAUUCACAUUGCUCAUGGAUCGCUUUGGGAGAUUCUUCAUAGUUCAUACGUGAAGGGUGGUUUAGCUUUGGGGGCUCUAUUGGGACCAGGACGAGAGUUACUCUUUGAUGGCCUAAAUGCGUUUAAGAAGGGGUCGCCUAACAUGAACUCUCUUGUGGGAUUUGGUUCUAUAGCCGCAUUCAUCAUUAGUUCCAUCCCGCUACUUAACCCCGGCCUAGCAUGGGAUGCAUCCUUCUUUGAUGAACCGGUCAUGCUUCUUGGAUUCGUGCUUCUGGGACGUUCUCUGGAGGAAAAGGCAAGGAUACAGGCAUCUAGCGAUAUGAAUGAACUACUUUCACUUAUAUCUACUCAGUCAAGACUUGUGAUUACUUCAACUGAAGGUUCACCUUCUACUGACACUGUGCUUUGCUCUGAUGCAAUUUGUGUUGAAGUCCCAACUGAUGAUAUUCGAGUAGGUGAUUCUGUGUUGGUGUUGCCUGGAGAAACUAUUCCUAUAGAUGGAAAGGUUAUUUCAGGGAGAAGUGUUGUAGAUGAAUCCAUGCUUACAGGGGAAUCACUUCCUGUAUUUAAGGAGAAAGGCCUCACAGUUUCAGCAGGAACUAUAAAUUGGGAUGGUCCUUUAAGGAUUGAAGCUUCUUCAACUGGUUCCAACACUGUGAUAUCGAAGAUUGUACGCAUGGUUGAGGAGGCUCAAUCACGUGAAGCACCUGUACAAAGGCUCGCAGAUUCAAUAGCAGGGCCAUUUGUAUACAGUGUAAUGACUCUGUCAGCAGCAACAUUUGCUUUUUGGUAUUUUGUUGGAUCACAGAUAUUUCCUGAUGUGUUGCUCAAUGAUAUGGCAGGCCCAGAAGGAGAUCCUUUGCUUUUGAGUUUAAAACUAUCUGUAGAUGUUUUGGUUGUUUCUUGUCCUUGUGCUUUGGGUCUUGCUACGCCCACAGCAAUCCUGGUUGGCACCUCACUUGGAGCAAGAAAAGGACUUCUUAUUAGGGGAGGGGAUGUGCUGGAACGCUUGGCUAGAAUAAACUAUAUUGCUCUAGACAAGACAGGAACCCUGACGAAAGGAAAACCAGUUGUGUCGGCCAUAGGCUCUAUCCAUUAUGGAGAGUCUGAAAUUCUUCGGAUUGCUGCUGCAGUGGAGAAGACUGCAUCUCACCCAAUAGCGAAGGCUAUUAUCAAUAAAGCUGAGUCAUUGGAGUUGAUCCUUCCUGUUACAAAGAGACAGUUAGUAGAACCAGGUUUUGGUACAUUAGCAGAAGUAGACGGGCAUUUGAUUGCAGUUGGAUCUUUGGAAUGGGUUCAUGAACGCUUCCAAACAAAAGUAAAUCCGUCCGAUUUGACAAAUCUGGAACAUAGUUUGAUGAAUCAUUCAUCAAAUACAGCUUCUUCUAAGUACUCGAAAACUGUUGUCUACGUUGGACGUGAAGGAGAAGGCAUCAUUGGUGCUAUUGCCAUAGCUGACACUGUGCGUGAAGAUGCUGAAUCUACUGUGAUGAGGCUGAAGCAGAAGGGGAUUAAAACGGUACUCUUGUCAGGAGACAGGGAAGAGGCAGUUGCAACAGUAGCAGAUACAGUUGGAAUUGAAAAUGAUUUUGUCAAAGCAUCUUUGUCUCCACAACAGAAAUCUGGGUUUAUUUCCUCUCUAACAGCUGCCGGACAUCAUGUUGCGAUGGUAGGUGAUGGGAUAAAUGAUGCACCCUCUUUAGCUGUGGCUGAUGUUGGGAUUGCUCUGCAGAAUGAAGCUCAAGAGAAUGCUGCCUCGGAUGCAGCAUCUAUUAUACUUCUAGGGAACAAAAUUUCACAAGUUGUCGAUGCGCUCGACCUAGCACAGGCAACAAUGGCAAAAGUGUACCAAAAUUUGUCUUGGGCAGUCGCCUAUAAUGUUGUUGCCAUUCCCAUUGCUGCCGGUGUAUUACUUCCCCAAUUUGACUUCGCUAUGACACCGUCACUUUCAGGAGGACUGAUGGCCCUGAGCUCCAUCUUCGUGGUUGGCAACUCACUGCUUCUGCAGCUUCAUGGGUCUCCGAUCCCUAGAAAGGGUAGUAACUCUUGACACCAGUUAUUCCAAUUCCGGCACAUAUGCUUAAAUAAGCCAGCAUAGAGUAUUUUAGCCCAAACCUGUAAAAUAUUUGUAUCUAUUAAAAGAUUAGAGUGUAUAUUUUAAUAAAUUGGAGAAAAAAGAUUGUAAUAAAUACUUAUAUUCUCAGUGAAUGACAACGUAAAAAAUAUCUUUGUUAUUA